AUGUUAAGGAGAACUCCCUGUGUGAUUAGACAAGUCAUCAGAACUAGUAUUAGAAAUAGUAGUAAUUCUGGUUCGACUUCAGCAUUAGCAUAUAAAACUUUACAUCGUAAUCAAAAACGACCACCAUUGCCAACAUUAGAAACCCCAAAUUGGUCAGCUGAUACUGCUGUUUCAUCGAUUUUAUAUGAAACCCCAGUACCUUCUAAAGCUCCACCAAAGCAACAUGUUUUAAAUUGUUUAGUUCAAAAUGAACCUGGGGUAUUAUCAGGAGUUUCCGGUACAUUGGCUGCUCGUGGAUUCAAUAUUGAUUCAUUAGUUGUUUGUAAUACUGAAGUUAAAGAUUUAUCAAGAAUGACAAUUGUUUUAAAAGGCCAAGAUGGAGUUGUUGAACAAGCUCGUAGACAAAUUGAAGAUUUAGUACCUGUUUAUGCUGUUUUGGAUUAUACUAAUGCCGAAAUUAUUAAACGAGAAUUAUUAUUAGCUAGAGUAUCAUUAUUAGGACCAGAAUAUUUCCAAGAAUUAAUUGCUACUCAUCAAUUACAUAUUGAUGAUGGUUCAUCAAUUCCUGACAUUGAUGCAUGUGAAUCAGCUUAUCAUCCCAAUAAUUUAGCUCCAAGUGAAGCUUUAAGACAAAAACAUAUUCAUUUGGAUCAUAUUUCUACUUUAACAAAACAAUUUGGUGGGAAAAUUGUUGAUAUUUCCGAUAGAAAUGUCGUUGUUGAAUUAAGUGCUAAACCUUCAAGAGUUAGUUCUUUUAUUACUUUAUUACAUCCAUUUGGAAUUUUGGAAUUGGCAAGAUCAGGUAUGAUGGCAUUGCCAAGAACUCCAUUGAAUAGUUUUACUGAAGUGGAAGAAGAGUCUAUUGAUGCUGCUGAUAUUGUUGAUGCAUCUCAAUUACCUCCAGGUUAG